CUACUUGUGGUGCUGCUACUGCUCGUAGUGGUACUGCUAGUGGUGGUCGUUGUAGUAGUGCUACUUGUGGUACUGCUAGUGGUAGUCGUGGUGGUAGUACUACUUGUGGUACUGCUGGUACUUGUUGUAGUACUUGUCGUGGUAGUAGUAGUAGUAGUGCUACUUGUAGUACUGGUAGUGGUACUCGUAGUACUGCUACUGCUUGUAGUACUACUGGUGGUAGUAGUAGUAGUGCUAGUAGUGGUACUGCUGCUGCUGCUCGUAGUAGUAGUAGUUGUAGUGGUGGUGGUCGGUAUUGCUGA